AUGGAACAACUCACGAAAUCUAAAUUAUCAGCUAAUGGUGGUAUCAAAACAGAUAUUAAAACAGCAAUAUCAUCAUCACCACAUAAUGAUAAAGUAACGACGGUUAUCUGUUCGCCUAAACUUAAAUACAUUGCCACAUCAAGUUCGAUCAAGGAAAAGCGUGAUUUUAUUAUUGCGAUAUGGCCAGUUAUUGAUGAUAAAAGUAUAUUACAGCCAGAAUCGAGCGCCACUUUUCGACAAUUUAUUCAUGAUGAGGGUGCCGUAAAUCACAAAUUACGUUCUGUCUCAGAUAAUCAUUUAGUUGUCGUAGAAUAUACUAGUCAUAAUGAACCAAGUAUACGUGUUUUCGUCAUUUUUGAUCUUGUUCGAGGUUGCCAUAUAAAGGUUCCAGGAAUUCCUAUGCAAUCUCAUUAUCAUUUAUUUGAAUGCGCUUUUCUUGAUAAUGGAGAUUUGGUAGUCAUUAAUGAUACAGACGUCUUCGUAUAUACUGUUAACUUUUUUAAAGGUCAAAGCAUAUUAAAAUGCAAAGCAGCUUAUGGUUUUACCCAUCGUUAUACUAAAUGCUUAAUCGCUAAAUUCGGAAAACUAAUACCUGCUUGUUAUAAAUAUGAAUAUAAGGAAGAUGAUAUUAGAACUCAAUGGGAUCUCGAAACUGGAUCAUUUUCCGCUCAGAUUCCUAUGGAUUUUAGAAGUGUAGAAGAUUCAGAAGGUCAUGACGGUUUUGUACGAAAUAGUGAUAAAACUUUACUUGCAUCAUAUACUUGUGUAGGAAAACCUCUAAAGCGAGUUCUUAAUGUUUACUCUGCUGAAACGGGUGUAAAACUUUUUUCACAUACUCUUAAAGAAAAUCAAUAUGGCAUUGAUUUCGUGUGUAGUGGUGCACGUUUAUUGGUUCCAUCAUUUACUAAAUAUACAAGAAUCGAUGACCCACCGGUUAUUGACCUUUUGACUUUUAUAGAUCCAUUAUCGCAUAAUAGUCCUGUACACCCCGUACAUAUUUCUUUGAAGGAAUCCGCUGAUGGAAUUAACGUACCAUUAGGUUUCACUCCUAGAUUUAUAAAUCAAAAUAAGGCUAUUGGAAUAGUAGAUGGUCUUGUACAUGUUCGUGAUAUUUUUCAAGAAAAUCAUUCUCGAAAAGAUGUCCAGGAUUGUAAUAAUAUCUACUUGCAAAAUUUUAUGAAAGAAAUAGCUGAUAAUCUUAAAUAUUACUUGGGAUCUAGUAGUAGUUCAUCACCCUCUUCAAGUUAUAACAAAGUUUAUUCUGGUAAUAAUAUUACUUGGUCAAUUUUUGAUACUCAAGAUGGUGAAGAGCUCGCUGCAUUCAGUCUUAAUAAGAUCACUUAUUAUUGGGAGCCUAUCGACACAAGACGCGGUUUUUAUUUCAAUAGAAUUGAUGAUAGAUUAGCUGGUGGGAUCCAAGACUGCAGAAUACUAUCUAAUGAAGAUUUUAUGGUCGUUAAUAGAAGUUUUAUAUUGAUCUUUACUCUUGACUGCGAACAUAAAAUCCAAAUAAGUUAUUGGUGGGAUAGACAUAGUUUAACUGCUGGUGAAGUAAAACUAGAUAACUUAAUUUCGGUUCGAUAUUUUGAAGAUAUUUUGAAAUAUUACGAAGUUGAAAUGGAAAACUCCAAAACAAACGAGAUAUCACAUCCUCUUCAUGAACUGAUCGAAAAUAAUAUCACAGAUUUGUUAUUUUUUACGUUACAUGCUCCAAAAAUUUUAAAAGCUGCAAUCAAAUAUCAUAGGGGUGAUGUCGUUGAACUUGUUUGUGAUCAAUGCAUGGAAUUUUUCCAGGCUAAUCAAAAAAAUCUUGCCAUUCUUUCAAUAAUAUCAAGUAUUCUAUUUAAACUUGACAAGUAUUAUCCUGGAAGCGCUAGCAAAUUUCUAGCUCAAACUACUUUAGUAAUGAAGCCUAUGGAUCAUGUGCAUAUUCAUUCCACAUUUUAUCCUCAUCUUUAUACAUAUACUUUGGAACAUCAUAUGUUUAGACUCGACAGAUUUUCUAAAUUUUAUUUGAACCUAUAUAGAUCAUCUAGUAAAUUCAUGCUAGAUUUACAGAAUUCUGACUUAUGGAUUAGUAGUCUUGAAUUUCUUGGUUAUAAUAGAAAAUUUAAAAGACCCGCACUUGAUUUAUUUAUACCUUUGUCAAAAUUUUCUUCUUAUCCUGUCGAAUAUAAUUUUUGGAAAGAACUCUUGGGUAGACCACAAGCAAAUGGAUUUGUAAAAAUGCAAACAGCGGAAUUAUAUUCUGAUUGGAAUGGGGAGGCUCUACUUAAUUUUAAAUGGAAUACUUUUGGGAAAUAUUAUUACUUCUUUAAUUGGUUCGUUUAUACAAUAUUUCUUGGAACAUUUGCAUUCGCAGCUACGGAUCCAAAAGAUUUCAUCUCACAAAGUAAUCAAAGAAUUCUCUUAUGGCUUUGCAUUAUCUUGGGAUUUUUUCAUUUGUCGUUUGAAAUACGACAAUUUAUUUUUAAUUGGAAAGAUUAUAUAUUGAGCGCUUGGAAUUUUUUCGACUUAGGCGCAUAUAUUCUUCCGGUUGCCACUUCCAUAUACUGGAUAAAUUAUGGCCCUCCACCGCUAUGGGCACCAGCGAUGUCCAAUUUAUUUCUUGAUCUAAAAUUCUUAUUUUUCUUACGACCUUUUGAAUCUUUUGGUGUCUACUUUGCCAUGAUAACCGGUGUUGCACGAAAAGCACAUGUGGAUGAAAUUCGAAGUAAAAUAAGAGAAAUAAAUGGACAUGAUUGGCAUGGUGUAGAAAAACCUGUUUUACACCCAGAGCUUUUAAAAAUUAUUGGUAUGGAUAAAAGUAGAUUCAGGGAAUGUUAA